AGAAAUGUCACUCUCCCUAGCCGUUUCGUAAAGGUAUCAGGAAAGCACUUUCAAAUCAAGCAUGAAAUUCCUCGUUCUUCUUCCCCUGUGCUUCGCUGCCUGUAUGGCCGAGAUGUUGUUGAACUUCGAUGCCGAAAAGGGCAACUUCAUGUACAGCACUGGAGACGAGGGCGCUCAUACUCGUGACGAAAUGCGCAGCGGUGAUACCGUGAGCGGCAAGUACAGCUACAUCGAUGCCAACGGUGACCUGCGUGAAGUCCAAUACACUGCUGGUCCUGAAGGCUUCAACCCCAAGGGAGACAUCUCCGUAGACAAGAAGACUGCUGCUGAGGCUGAAAAAAUCGCUGCUCUGGCUCCCAAAGCCCCAGAGGUCGAGCCCGUCAAGACUACCCUGCCCGUCCAUCCUUUUGGCUACGCCCCUUACUACUCCCCUUACUACCAUGGUCGCCACUACUAUGGCCAGUACCCAUUCUACAACCGUUUCCACGUCCCCCACGCUCGUAGCUAUAAUUAUUUCUAUUAAACUAUUUUGAGUAAAGACCUGAAACUUGUCCAUAGCAUGUAACCAUUUCUGGUGGUAUAUUUGAUCAUGAUAGCAUUCCGAAAAAAUAAAACAAAUGACAUUGUUAUAAAGAUGAAAUAAAACUAAAUAUGGGUGAA